AUGACGCGAAGGAUUGACCCCUCAUUAUUCAGCGACUCCAACCGCUUAGUACCUGACAACCUCAUCAACCUCUUCCGUGUGGAUGACAGGACGGUAGUCAAACUCUGUGAGCCAAAUCGUCUUGCAGAAGCUGAGGCUCUUCGGUAUGUUCGAAGUCAUACGAAAGUCCCAGUUCCGGAGGUCUAUGAUUCCUAUGUGGACGAGUCCAUAAACCGCGGGGUAAUUGUUAUGGAAUAUGCUGAAGGAGACGUCCUUCGCGAUGUUUGGGAAGAUAUGGAUGAUGAGCACCGCGAAAAUAUCAUAACGCAACUGAAAGGAUACAUGGAUGAGCUACAUCAAAUCAAAGGUGACUUUAUCGGCUCUGUUGACGGAAGUGCUUGUGAAGACCCGGUUUUUUGCGUCGAACUUGGUGGAUUUGGGCCAUACGAUACCGAGGACGAGUUUCAUGAGGGCUUGAUUCGGGCUAUGAAAUUAUCACAAGAGAAUUCUUGGGCGGACCACAUCGCCAAAUUCAUCAAGGCUUUACCCAGCCACGACAUCGUUCUUACACAUUCGGACAUUUCUCCACGAAACAUCAUCGUGCGAGACGGACAGGUUGUUGCCAUUAUCGACUGGGAGAUGGCCGGCUUUUACCCUUCGUAUUGGGAAUAUGUGAAGGCCCUGUACUAUCCAGACUGGGAGAGCCGUUGGAUAGCAGAGGGCACGGUCGACAAGAUAUUGAAACCUUACUAUCUAGAGCACGCUGCACUCAUGCAUCUUCAAGAGCUUCUUUUCUGA